AUGCCUCUCCAUCAUGAAGAGGAGAAACACAUGAAGGAACUGGAAAAGGUUAACAAGUUUGUGACGUGGUUCGUCCCAGAAUUACGAGGGAUGGGUGUUCAGUGUUCUGAGAGUGAUUGGAGAAGUGCUCAGUGUUCUGAGAGUGACUGGAGUAGUGCUCAGUGUUCUGAGAGUGACUGGAGAAGUGCUCAGUGUUCUGAGAGUGACUGGGGAAGUACUCAGUGUUCUGAGAGUGACUGGAGAAGUGCUCAGUGUUUUGAGAGUGACUGGAGAAGUGCUCAGUGUUUUGAGAGUGACUGGAGAAGUGCUCAGUGUUCUGAGAGUGACUGGGGAAGUGCUCAGUGUUCUGAGAGUGACUGGAGAAGUGCUCAGUGUUCUGAGAGUGACUGGAGAAGUGCUCAGUGUUCUGAGGGUGACUGGAGAAGUGCUCAGUGUUCUGAGAGUGACUGGAGAAGUGCUCAGUGUUCUGAGGGUGACUGGAGAAGUGUUCAGUGUUCUGAGGGUGAUUGGAGAAGUGCUCAGUGUUCUGAGAGUGACUGGAGAAGUGCUCAGUGUUCUGAGGGUGACUGGAGAAGUGCUCAGUGUUCUGAGAGUGACUGGAGAAGUGCUCAGUGUUCUGAGAGUGACUGGAGAAGUGUGCAGUGUUCUGAGAGUGACUGGAGAAGUGCUCAGUGUUCUGAGAGUGACUGGAGUAGUGCUCAGUGUUCUGAGGGUGACUGGAGAAGUGCUCAGUGUUCUGAGAGUGACUGGAGAAGUGCUCAGUGUUCUGAGAGUGACUGGAGAAGUGCUCAGUGCUCUGAGAGUGACUGGAGAAGUGCUCAGUGCUCUGAGAGUGACUGGAGAAGUGCUCAGUGUUCUGAGAGUGACUGGAGAAGUGCUCAGUAUUCUGAGUGA